AAUUCUACCUUUUAUACAGAAGAGUUACUAACUUGUAAACCUUACCAGACGUUAAAUUCGUGAAUCGAUAUUAUUCUGUUGAAUUUAGCAUAGGUAAAAUGAAGAAGAUUGCUUCAUGAUGAACGAAGAUAAGACAGGCGUGGUGACUGUUCUUGAUUCCAUAGGGAAGCCCAGGACAGCAAAACUUGUCUUAACCACUGACACACUUAGUGUUCUUAAAGAGGAAAUAGUGUCAGUUGACAGUAAUGGAAAUGACCAGAUGCUCAAUCAGAUUCGAGAGGUACAUCUGGUUAGAGAUGAACAUGGAGGGUUAGGACUCAGUCUUAAAGGAGGUGCAGACUGCGGACUUCCUGUAUUUUUAUCUAAAAUGUCUCCCAAUCUUCCAGCUUCAAAUUCUGGGAAGCUAUUGAUUGGAGAUGCUAUUCUAAAGAUAAAUGAUGUUAUAUGUGAGACAAUGGAACAUGAUGCUGUUAUUGAGACGCUGAAAUCUGCAGGAGAUACAGUUAUUCUGACUGUCAAAUAUUUCAAACCAGCAGCACUCUUUCUCAAAAGAGAAUCACAAAGCAGUUCCAGUUCUCCAGGAAGUUCUCAGUCUCCGUCCCUCCCAGAACUUGAACGACAGUGGGUGGUGUGUGUUACUAUCCCCCUGCUGUUUGCCUACCUGUCCAGAUUUAUUCCUGGAACAGACAAACUUAGAACCAAUGCCUUCGAAGUUGUUGGAGUGAACUCUGCUUCAACAGGGGUUGUAUUAUGUGAAGACAGCAGAUCAUUGGCUGAUUGGAUCAGAGCAAUAACCAAUAAUAUAUCAGCAUUGUUGAAUCAUAUGGUAAAAAUGAGUAACAGAUUAUUGAUUCCAGAAGAUCAAGUUGUUCACAUGACCUGGACACAGGAAAGAGUAUCCCCCAUGCGACACUUUCAAGCCUGGAAACCCAAGUUUUUAUGUCUUAAAGGAGCCGAAAUCUGUCUCUUUGAUGUCCCUCCAAUGCAGACAAGAGAUUGGGUUCGCUGUGACACUGUGUUCAAAGUGUACGAGUGCAUGUUUAAGGUCCUUAAGGAUGUAGAGCUUUUGGAUGAUCGUCAGCACUGCUGCACUAUACACUGUGGUACCGGAGAGAAGUUUUACCUGAGUCUAGAGAGUCGAUCUGAUCUCCUACAGCUGGAGAAAGCUUGGUACAGAACCAACCACACCAGUAUAACCAGCGUAAAGAGCAAAACGUUUGGUUGCACUUGGAGAGGAAUGCUGUCUGGAUUGAUCCUCGAUCUGGAUUCUGGAUUUUCUUUGUAUGAUAAUGCUUCGAAGAGCUAUAUGUGGACAUACAAAUUCUCUCAACUGAAAGGAUCAUCUGAUGAUAACAGAUCCAAACUGAGAUUACAUUUCCACAGUGCUGAGAAUCCAAACAAUGUGGAAACAAGAGAGAUUCACUGCUCCAGUCUUCACACCCUUCUGUUCUGUAUCCAUGCCUUUUUGUCUGCUAAGCUGGCCUCGGUAGAUCCCAUGUUUCUCGGAAGCCAUUAACAUUUACCAUCAGAAUUACUGCAGACAUCGACAGAGAAUCAUAAAUUGUGUAUGCAGCUAUUUUUGCCCCUCUUUUAAACAGAACUGUAAAUUCUGUUCUUCUUGGUUUUAGAAUAGUGUUAAAUCUACUUUAAUACCAUUUAAUGAUAUUGAAUUGUCUUUGUGGUGUGGCACAUAAUUGUGUGAUGCAGGAGUUCAGUCCCUUUACUUAUCAGUAGAUGGUACAUUAUUGUGUGAUGCAGGAGUUCAGUCCCUUUACUUAUCAGUAGAUGGUACAUUAUUGUGUGAUGCAGGAGUUCAGUCCCUUUACUUAUCUGUAGCUGGUACAUUAUUGUGUGAUGUAGGAGUUAAGUCCUGUUAGCUAUCUGUAGAUCUGUCUGUAUAUUGUUUAUAUGAAUCUUUAUAGAAAUAUUGUAUCAGCUUAAUGGCUUAUAAAAGAUUUUUUUUGUCUGAAGUUAGCAUUUCUUGUAUCUCAUGAUAUUUUAUCUAUGGUAACUCCGUAAUUUUAGUCUAUCAGUCAGAUAACUUUUCUCAGAGAAAGAUUAUUUUUUAAUACAUAUUUUUCUCUUAUAUUUGAUAUUUAUUUAUCUUAUUUAGGAUUUUAUAUUAGCUGGAAAAAUAUUUUUGUUUACUCAAUGUCUUACUUAAAGUACAUGUACAUACAUACAUGUAUUUGUAGAUGUGUUCACUUGUUACAAUGUUAAUUUCAACUUUAUUUCUGUUUGUUGAAUUUCAAAAAGCUUGAGUCUGAUUGAAUAACUAUCUGUCAUGAGAUGAUGUGUAUGUUGCAUGAAAGACCUUAAAUACUGCUGUCCAAAGACAUUUUCAAAAUCUUCUUGAUGGUCAGGGUAACUAAACAAGAGGGCUGAUAUGGUAACUCUGCUAUUUCUUGUUGCAUUUCUGAUGCAGCAGUGAAAAGAUGCAGUUUUCAUGGUACGUUUUAUUAACCAUUUCCUAGGUUGAUUUUCUAGAUGUUAUGUUGUUUCAUUAUUAGAUAUCAUUACAAUAAUCUCCUCUGACUGUAUAAAUUCAUUUCAUAUCAUUUGUAACAUUUGAAUUUGAUGAAUACCGAUGUCUUUUAUAACUGUGUUUGCCACAAUUCCACUUUUUUAAAUGGCUGUUACAUAUUUGCAUGACCCUCCCCUCCCCUGUUAUCUGAGUUUUCUAAUCUCAGUGGUGCUAGUAUUCUGUGUUAUGAUGUGGUUGCUAAUAGUUACAGAGUAAUUUUUUUAUCAUAGAAAUUGAGCUUUAUUGUGGCUGUUGUUAAGCUUUCAUCUGUUACUUUCUGUCGUUUGAUUCAUUAAUGUUAUAACUGUUAAAUGAAUUAAAUAGAAAAGGUUGUACCAGUACAUUGAAUGUGAGAAGUGGGAUAUUUUCUUUAAAAGUGUGUUAGGAAUUUGAAAUCUGGAAAGAGUAAAGGAACUUAUAUUGUGAGUAAUUUGGGCUAAAAUACAUGAUCAACUGUUCCUACUUCCAUUGAGAAAUAAUGCAUGCUAUUCGUCCUUUGGAGUAUAUACUGUAUUUCAUAAAUUAUAGCUGGGGAAUCUGCUUGUGUGUGACUAGGAUAGUUGAUGGCUAGCUUUGUUAACUUUCACACUGUCUUCCCACUGUUUGCUAUUGUUUAUACUGUUAUAGUAUUUUAUAGUAGAUAGUUAUUUGUUACUGAUGUCAAAUCUUUGAUCCGCCCUUUCACAAUUUUGGGUCUGAUUUGAUCCACCCUUUCACAAUUUUGGGUCUGAUAGAGGUACAUAUGUUUGUUUGAUGCAAGUAUAAUGCUUUAAGCCAUGCACAAUCACUGCAAUGUUAUUGUCAGAGUAGAAGUUAAUAACUGUUGUCAUAUUCUGAUUAAGCACCUGAAUGUCAUGUUUGAAGGAACGCAAUUUGUUCUGUGUAGAUGGUUUAACAUACUUUAAUAAGACAUCUCUGCUGUUUAUUUUAAAACAGUAAAACUAAUGUUAGAAUGGUGAUUUUAAGGCCUAAAUUAAACUUGUUUGUUUUUCCUUUUCUACCAAUAUGGGAAAAAAAAUGAUUACCGGUAGCCUCAGAAAUUGUUUUUUCCUGUUUUUUCUGAUGAAAUUUUUCCUCUUUUUUGAAUUCUAAAUUAUGAGACCUUUCCAGGUUUAAUAUUCCCUUGUGCAAGUUGACUUGUAAUGCAAUUUCUUUCAUUAUCUUUACAUGUAGUCAAAAGACAUUGCAUGUGACUAUUUUACAUUUUUGGGGCUCAAAAUAACUAUCCAUAGGCAGAGACAUAUAUAACAGAGAUAUAUAAGCAACUUUCUCACUAUAUAAUAAAAGUACCCUGUCUUAAGGUUUUGGUGAUAGGAAUGGAACUAUUGAACUUGAUAUUUUAUAUUACUACAUGUACAAUGUUAUAUAUAAUUUCAAUUGAAGUGUGCAUAUUAUUAAUUAACCAGAGACGGAAAAGGGGGGUAAUAUUAAACUUUGUGAAGUUUCUGAUCUUUGUUAAUAUAUGUCUCUUUGAUAGAUCAAAACUGUGAAUCACAAGGGGAAAACAAUAUCUUAUUCUAAACUGUGAAACAAUAUCUUAUUCUAAGCCUAAUUAAGAAUAGUCCGUGUGUGUGUUCUCUGAAAUUUUGCUUAAAUUCGUGUUUUCUUGUACAUGUAGUUGAUGUUGGGGGGAAAAAAAUCAUAGCUUGUUUUAAUAUCCAUUUCAUUACCUUAAUUUAAGACUUGGAAUAUUGAAUUGAAUUAGAACAAUGAUUUAAUGAAUAAAACAGAAUGUAAUCUUUGCGUAUAAUACACUUAUAUUCUAUAAUAUUCAGCAAGUAUAAAAUGAAUGCAGUGGUAAUGUUGUGUGUGUAUUACUGUGUAUACCUACAUCCUCACAUCAGGGAUACCCAAGUCCACUCGUGAGGUGGUGUACAUGUAGCUGUUAACAUGCCUGUGCAAUAUUUAUAAGUGCAAUAAAACUCAGAACAAUU